GGGGCGGUAAUAACGCCGCUGCGUCACAGCGGCUGACGGUGGUUCACCGACAUCGCGAGCAGCUCGCCCGGCGUCCUUCGCGUCUUCUUCGUGUGCGUUUCGGACAUGAGGCUUCUGUCGAGGGCGGCGCGGUCCGCCGCGGGUCCGAGCGAGCGGGGCCGCCGGCGCUUCUGGGGCUGGCUCAACGCCGUCUUCAACAAGGUGGACUAUGAAAGAAUCAAAGCCGUUGGUCCGGACCGAGCCGCAGCGGAGUGGCUGCUCCGAUGCGGUGCCAAAGUGAGGUUUCAAGGUUUUGAUCGCUGGCAGCACGACUACAACGGGCUGCCAACUGGGGUUCUGGGCAAAUACAAGAUCCAGGCGAUCGACGCCACCGAGUCCUGCAUCAUGUUCCGAGGGUUUGACCACCUGGAUGGUUUGAAACACGUGGAGGAAAUCAAGUUCAACAAGAGCAUGUACAUCGAGGACACCUGCCUGGAGAGGUUGAGCUCCAUAGAGAACCUGCAGGAGAGUUUGAACACGAUGGAGGUGGUGUCGUGUGGAAAUGUGACCGACAAGGGCCUCAUCGCCCUGCACAGGCUCAAGAAUCUGGAGCAUCUGUUCCUCAGCGACCUCCCGGGCAUCAAAGACAGACAGACGACGGUUGACCGACUACAGACGGCGCUCCCGCGUCUGGAUCUCUCACUCGAUCUGGACUGAUGUGCAAACAACGUCCUCAACGGUAGAAUACGGAAGGCUCGUUGAACGGACGCCGGCGCUGAAGGGCUCGCGUGUGUUUAUGUUGUGAAUGAUUUAGUCGUUGGGAGUUGUGUCACCUUUCUGCUUGAUACGAUCGAGCUUUAAUGAGGAAACAGGCCGGAACAAAGGAAAGUUAAAGCACUUUAAAAUGUGGUCAGCAGUUUGUUUUUGCAAUGGAUGGAACUGUUCUGUAGUUUAUUUAUGCAUUAAAGGUGAAUCCAUGUGGGUACAAAGAGGAAAACAAUUUAUAAAAAUGCAAAAAGACUUUGGCUCUUUUCAAAUCAUUUAUCUUUAGAUUCAUUUGGCAUUUGUACUCCAUCUUCAAAGAGGUUGAUGGCUUUGAAGAUCUUUAGCACCUGUGUGUGUGUUGUGCUAGUGACUGUGGGUUAAAGGAAUAUUCACUCAUGCCAAUAAAUAGUUUCAGAAAUG